GAUAAUUGAUCUUAAUCAACAGAUCUUUAUCUUUGAUAAUGAAAUGUAAACACAUUAAAUAGUUUUCACCUAGAAAAAAGGAUAAGCAACGAUAGUGCUUUGCUUUUUGUUCCAAAAGCAUGUUACGAACUAUCAGUCAACCAAAUGGAAAAUUGUCAAUUGAUUGUUGUCAAUAAAGCUGCAAUGUCAAGGAAUAGGUGCCUUUAAAUCUCGGCAAUUCUGUUUUGUUGCAAGGCUCCGCCGCAUCACCAUACGGCGCUGACUAUGAUUUCCGCGAGACGCCUGCGACAAUCCCCGCCUUCCAUCUACAUCAUCUCCGCCGUCUCCCGGCUCCACACUCGCGCAAUCUCCACCGCGCCGGAUGGACCACCCUCUAAUUCCGGCAACAAUCAUCAUAAUUCGGGAUCUUUUCUGAGAUGGGUCUCGGGGAUUGUUGUUGGUUCUGGCUUAGGGUUCGUGUACUGGUCUUCCACUUCCUCUUCUUCAAUUUUCGGUUCUUCCAGACAGCCGCUCUUCUCUUUUGGCGAUUGGCGGACGGCUACUGCAGAUCCUUCGGUGGACCAUCAGCCGUCAAAUUCUGCCUUAGUCUCACCAAAUACGCCCAAGUUUCUUUUUGGAGAUGCAUAUAGGAGAAAGGUCUUCUUUAAAUAUGAGAGGCGCAUUAGGAUGCGAAGUCCACCUGAAAAGGUUUUUGAAUACUUUGCAUCUACUCAAAACUCGGAUGGAGAACUGUUUAUGACACCUGCAGAUCUGAUGCGAGCAGUUGUUCCUGUUUUUCCUCCAUCUGAAUCCAACCUUGUAAGAUAUGGUUAUCUGAGAGGGGAAAGGAGUCCUGGAGAGUUGCGAUGUGCUCCUUCUGAAUUCUUUAUGCUUUUUGACAUGAACAGUGAUGGACUCAUUUCUUUCAAGGAGUAUAUUUUUUUCAUUACACUGCUCAGUAUCCCAGAAUCAAGCUUUUCAGUGGCAUUUAAAAUGUUUGACAUUGACAAUAGUGGAGAGAUAGAUAGGGAUGAAUUCAAGAAAGUGAUGGCUCUGAUGCGUGCUCAUAAUAGACAAGGGACUGUUCAUAGUGACGGACGGCGAGUUGGGCUUAAAGUUACUGGUUCAGUAGAGAAUGGAGGCCUGGUGGAGUAUUUCUUUGGCAAAGAUGGCAGGGAGUGCCUGCAACAUGAAAAAUUUGUCCAAUUUUUGGGAGGUUUGCAUGAUGAGAUGUUGAUGUUGGAGUUUGCUCAUUAUGACUACAAAAAUCAAGGAACUUUAUCAGCCAAGGAUUUUGCUCUGUCAAUGGUUGCUUCUGCCGAUUUGAUUCAUCUAGACAAAUUGCUUGAUCGGGUUGAUGAAUUAGAUAAUCAACCACAUCUUAGUGAUAUUCGCAUUGACUUAAAUGAAUUUAAGAAGUUUUCAGAGCUACGUAAAAAAUUGCAUCCAUUUUCUCUUGCCCUUUUCAGUUAUGGGGAAGUGAACGGCCUGUUGACAAGGAAAGAUUUUCAAAGAGCUGCAUCACAGGUCUGUGGUAUCUCUCUAACUGACAAUGUGAUUGAAGUCAUUUUCCAUGUUUUUGAUGCAAAUCGUGAUGGACACUUAAGCUCAGAUGAGUUUGUAAGAGUUAUACAAAAAAGGGAAAGGGACGCAGCUCAACCCAUGGAGGCAGGCAUAAUGAACUUGUUAUCCUGCUGUUGGAAUUGCACAAAUAAUAAUUAUUCCCUGGCACGGGUGCUAUCCUGAUCAUGUUUUGGGCACACGGUGCCCAGUGAGUGUGCAAAGAUGCAAAUGACAUCUGUGCAAAAAUGCUACCGACAUUUCCGAGAAUGAGAUCCUGCUGUCUUGCUGUAAAAUAGACUUAACUUCUCUUUCAUGAAGCAGAGUGGCGGUGAAGGCUAUGCAUAGGCAAUUCAACUAUUUAUGGAUGCAGCUACAAUGAACCAACCAGAAAGCUUAAGACUCUGCAUAUACAGCGACAUAAGAUUAUUUCAUACCCUCAUGUGCAGAUAAUCCUUUGCCCCCUUGGAUCUUUAGAUCAAUAUAUGUUGCAUCAUUUGGAGUUGUCAUUUAGCCUGAACAGUUUAUACAUGAUUGGGGUUGGGGGAAGUUCAUAUUUGUAAAAAUUUCCUUUUACUACGGAUCAACUUGUCAAUUAUUAAACAUAAGUUCUUAUCUCAAAGCACCUCUAUAAUGUGAGAUUAUUCUGUGCUCCAGUUUAAUACGGAGAUGAUUUGGCAAAA